AUGACCAGUAUCCUCUUUGUUCCUGGCGCCUGGAUCACUCCGGCUUUUUACCAGCCAUUUAUCCACGCUCUCACGGUCGCUAGCUACGAUGUCCACUACGGGGGUUACCCCUCGUUAAACCCCAAGGACCCGCUUGUCGCCGACUGUCAGGCUGACACUGAGGCCAUCACUGAUAUCCUCCAGUCCCUGGUGGAUGAGGGCAAAGAUGUUGUGGUGUUUAUGCACUCCUAUGGCGGUAUGCCCGGCUCUGCGGCCGCUAGCGGGCUAGCCAAAUCGCAGCGGGUGAAAGAGGGCAAGUCUGGUGGCGUCAUUGGACUACUCUACCUGGGCGCCUUUAUCCCCUCUCCAAAUGUCAACGUUGUUGAUGACCCUAUCAAAAACUUUGCGGCCGAUGUCGAUCCGGUCUUGGCCAAUUCCUUAACCAGGUCACUCAAACCGCACUCGAACUUGGCUUUCACCUCACCCCAGCCCCACCCGGCCUGGGCAGAUGAGGCGUUCAAUGGGCGUUUGGGCUUUAUUGUCACCACGGAGGAUGCUGCGGUGCCAAAGGCGGCACAAUCCGGAAUGAUGGCCGCCACUGAGAAGGCCUGGAUUGUCAAGGAAGUGGCGUCCAGCCACUGCGCGCCGUUCCUCAAUCGGAUCGGGGAGACAGUCGAACUGAUUCGGGAGAUCAUUGACCAAUUUCUAUAA